UAUACUUCCGAUAGGACCCCCAUACUAAAGUUUGUUUUUGUUUAGGUCGUGUUUUAAUUAACGUUUGCACAAUUCUUGUAAUACCAUACACAUUCAGUGAGUAAUUGAUCAUGAUCGUAGUUUUGAAGAAUCGCCGCUUACAACAAGAACAGCUAAAUAUUAAAAUAGAUGGAAGACAACUGAAUUAAUAAAUAAUAGUAAGAAUGAAUAACAUAAAUAUGAAUUCAACUCCUACAAAUCCCAGUAUAGAUCUGCAACGUAGAAUAGUACAGCAACCUCAUCCAUCACAUCAACCACCUUUCCCGGCUGUGAAUCCAAUACAGAUGCCAAUCCCAAUUCAGAGUUCAGAAGCCCUUGCACGUUUAUCACUUCCUGGACAGUUUAAAGCUGUCAGAAAUAACACCGGUAGAUCCCAAGAUUAUUACUACAGAAAAUGGCGGAAACUGAAGAAAAUAGUUAAAAAUACUGUAUUUUUGAAUGCAGCGGCGUGUGAUGAAGUAGUUCGGGUUGAAGAAAAGCUGGCUAAAGUAAAAGAAGAGAGAAGAUAUCUAUUACGUAAACUAUUACAAUAUCAAUCUUUACCUGAUGUAACAAGUCCAGUUGUUAAAACUGAACCAUCUGUUGUUAAUAAAGCCUCUAAAAGUCCAAGUAGUUCAGUAGUAGUAUCAGAGCCUAGUAGUACCGAGGUUAUUGUUAAGGUGAAGCCAAAAAAGAAACUUUCAGCUGCUGCUAUUGAGAAGAAAAAGGCUGCUACUACUAAAGAAAUUCUAGAUUCUCUUCAACCUAAACCCAAAAAAUCAAAAAGUCAAAAUAUGAAACGUACCAUACCGCCUAUACCAUUAGAUUCUCUAGGUCGACCAGUCUUUCCAAUGGUGAUGGGAGAUCUAACCCUGCAUAGUAUAGGAGAGAUUUUAAGUGACAAGGGUAACUUUCAUUGUACAGAUAGUAUUUAUCCUGUUGGAUAUGUUAGUACACGUUUAUAUGCUAAUAUGCAUAAUCCUGAUGUUAAAUGUAUGUAUACAUGUAAGAUAUCUGAUGUUAGCUCACGACCAGUGUUUGAUAUCGCCCCUGAUGAUAGUCCAGAAAAAAUAAUUCGGGCACUUACUCCAGAUGAAUGUAUAGCCCAGUUAAUUAAAAUCAUCAAUAAGGCCAAAGGAACAGAAUUGGCAGCAUUAAGUGGUAAUGGUUUAGAUUUCUUUGGUUUGUCUCAUCCUCUAGUUCGUAACCUGAUACAAAGUUGUCCAGGAGCCAAAAAAUGUCCAGGAUAUAAGUGGGUAAAAUUUGAAGUGAAUAAAAACGAAUCUUUAGAGAGUAUAGAACAUUGUACAUCUGAUCCGGUUGUCCAUUUUGAUGCAUUAAAGAAAAUCCUAGCACAAAUAGGUGCUUUAAAAAAUCCUCUCCUAGAACAAUCGUCUAAUCUGAGAUCUUUGUUGACAAGUGGUCCAUUUUCUAAACCGAGUACCAGCACAUUGUAAAUAUCUACCAGUACAUGUGUGAGAGAACUGUGUUUAGCAGAUUUUUGUAUUUGUUAGAAGCAAGAUAAUUGCCGGCCAUAUCGUUUGUAUUUGUUACCAUAAUAAAUUAAAAAUAAGCAAUAAAUAUUAUCAUGUCAUCAUUGAUAUAUGUAUACUUAAGCAGUGGACACAUUAGCCGUAUCGUUCGGCCAAAUCGUUCGGCCAAAUCGUUCGACUGAAUCAAUCGGCGCCGAAUUUUAUUCGGUCGAAUGGGUGGACACACUAGCCGAAUGCUUCGCCCGAUUCAACCUGUCGGUUGCAUCACCUUUCACGUCACAUAUUUAAACAUGGCGCCGUCUAUGUCUUCAAUCUAUCACGUGACUUCUCGAUAUGAGUGGUGAUUGGCUAAUGAAUUCUAUAUUCGGCUGAAUGCUUCGGCGAAGCGGACACACCAGGCGAAUAUAAUUUGGCUGAAUAUAUCAAACGUGUUUGAUUCGGGCGAAUCAUUCGACCGAAUGACAGUGGACACACUAGGCGAAUUUCGACGCCAAUUGAUUCGGCUAGUGUGUCCACCGCUUUAGAUUCAUUUAUUAUCUAUAGUAUUGACACAGAUUAAUAUUAUGAACAACACCAGGUAGAUAGUCCAAUACAAAUUACUACAGACACUUUUUAGUACAUGCUUAGCACAGUUUCUGUACUUGUGUAUUUCAAGCUAUAAUCUGUUCAUGCACUUGUACUCAAAUAUUAUAAAUAUGGCUUAUAUUUAUCUAUAACGGUUUUCAAUUGAAGUUCUCUCUUGGAAGAUGAAUAUUACAGUAAACUUUCAAUGGUAGUUAUUUCUGUUUGCAAUAAAAUUAACAGCAAUUCUAUGAUGUUUUGUGUAGAUACAUGAUUGGGUUAUUCAUCAUUUAAUAUAGUAUACUAAAAAAAAGAAAUAAAAUGGCCGGCAGUUGUCCCAGAUCUGUAGCUGUGCAUGGUUUCAAACAAAUCUAAAGAUUAUGUUGCAAGUAAAGAUAGCUGUCUUAAAGGGACAAUAACACUCUUGCUGGCUUGUUUAAAUUAUCCAUUAAAUCCUAUUUUACUUGUCCAGAGGGUUCAAAAAUAUUUUUAAAUCCAAGUAACAUUUGAAAAGCUUUACGUCAGGCUUUUCAAAUCAUUUAGUUGAAUUUUUCCAAUUUUUUAAAUUAGGUGUGUUAAGAUGAAAUUUGUAUCAUCAAUUAAUUGGAAUAUUGUAUAAUAGUACAAUUUGUUGACCAGAAUAAAGAUUGGGACAUAUUAUUCAGUUACAACAAGAGUGGUAUUGAGCCUUUAAAAUUUGAAUAAAGUUUUUAUUGUGGAUUGGUUGAAAUUCGUUAAUCCACCCUUAUGUAUUAGGUUGUUAACUAAAAAUGGCAGUAGCCAAUAACCACAAUAAGUCCAGUAGGUUGGAAUUUGACAAGUAUGAGAAUCGAACACUGGCUCUACCCUCUGAGACUUUCCCAGUAUCUUAUUGUGGCUCACCUACAAUGGUGAAAUAUUCCAAAUUGUAAUUAAUGGCUGCAUGAUUGACCUAUUUGGCAACAACAGUAACAAAUUGUUGUCCUAAUAUAUCCAUUUUCUUUUUUACCUUAGAGAUCACAGCUAGCAUACUCAGCUAUUGUAGUUCAAAGGUUAUCGAAUUUGGAAAGCAGGUUUUAUGCAAAAAUAUCAUUCAGACCUAAUUUAAUGUCUGUGUGAUUGAGAAAAGGUGAACUAUGAACCAACUUCAAUCAAACACUGGCUUAUUAACUUAAAUAACUGUAAAUAUUUAUAAGAAGAAUAAAUUUGUUGUUUAACAUUUUA